UGAUAAUUCUUCGCGUGCGGGAACCCUACCUGCAUCGCCCCUACAAGACCUGGAUUUCCACUCCCAUCAUCUUCUGCUGCGUUAGUCUCUUCCUCCUCAGCCGGGCUAUCAUUGCAGAACCGCUUCAGACGUUAAUUGUCGUCGCUUUCAUCGUCGCCGGUGUCCCUGUCUAUUAUUGGCGGAUCUACAAACGCGAUGGACGAAAGGCGUUUCCUAAUUGGAAGUUUUGGCAACGCCGGUGAGAUCGAUUCCGGUUACCUCUUCAUGACCCCUCAGCAACAACAAACAACCGGUAAAUUAGUUUUGCUAUGACCACUAUUAUUUAUGUUUCUCUUAUAAUACUUUUCUUUCCUCUUUCUUCUUCUAUGAAUGCCUGUCCUUUCUUUAUUAUAUAACUUUAUUUCUAUUCCAGCUUAUUUUCUCAUUCUUCUUUCUCUUCUGUUGCAUCCCUGGCAAGGUAUCUUAUAUAACGGUUCGCUUUGGCUGGUUGGUUGGAAGGAAGGACGGUCUCCCAUGAUAAUCAUCUGACAUGAUACCCAUUCGCAUAUUAUCCGGGGUUAUUUUGCAUGACGGAAAUGCCGGUUCAAGUGGGGAAGGAUUCGAAGCAUUUGCUUUCAGCUUUGCAUAUCAUCAUCGAACUUAUGGCGGUGGGUGGAGUCUCAUCUUCCUGUUACUUUUUAGGUUCUUUUUUGGGGGCGGGGGCAUCUGCCAUAGAUACGUGUAUUGAAAGAGAUUCAAACG